UUAUGUUCAUUUUAAUUGAACUGUCAAUCAGAAAAACGUUAUAAAAGUAUUAAAUCAUAUUAAUAGUGUAAUUAAUGUAAUUCAAAUCAAUGAUGUACAAGAAGUUUUGAGGAGAAAUUUGCAUAUGAAGAUUAUACGAGAGGGUUAUUGGAUGAUUUAACUUCGUUUUGAUGAUUUGGGGAAUGGAAAAAAAGCAAUCAUCAUUUCAUUGAAAUAACGCCCUAAAAUAACCAGUUUAAUUAAAUUAUUUCAGUAUAGACGCUAAUGCCAUCUUACGGUGGGAUUUCGACAUAUAAUCAGUCCCAAGUUCUCCUAUCAAAGAUCCACAAAGAUCCCUGGGGCUGCCUAAAACAACCAGAUAUUACAUUAAAUGAUUUUGCAAACGCUGCGAUUUGCACACAUCGACCAAAGAAAACGCACAUCAACGCGAUUUUAGAAGAUUUAAAGGUGGAGGAUAAACCUUGGGAUGAAAAAGGUGAAGGUGAUUAUGAUGGAGAGUUUACUAAAAAUAUAAAUAAGGAUGGAUCAAUUAGUUAUGUCAUAUCCAAAUCUAAAGAAAAAGUUGUUAAAGAGGAUGAUAAAAUCAAAAAGGAAGUUGUUAAAGAAUUAUGUCAAAGAAGUUAUGAUUUACCCAUUGAUGUAUGGUUUGUAAUUGGAAGGUUUAUUAAACCUGAAGAUGUAGGGAGAUUUGCUAGGAUUUGUAAAGCAUCUUAUAGUGUGGUUUGUGGGGCUAAAUUUUGGGUUGAUUUAUACAAAAAAUAUUACAACAAGAAAAUAUUAUUACCCGAAGAUUUAAAACCAGAUCAUUUAAAUCGAAAAUUUGGUGUAAGGACAUUAACAGUGAGAGUUUUAUAUUCUAUGUACCCCCCAUUUAUCAAUCGAAUCCACAGGCUCCAAAGAACACACCCCAAAGACUGCUUAAUCAAACGAAAAUGCACUUUAAUGUGGCAUUCGAGGAAACAAAAAGAUUGGGCUUUUUAUUUUAAACUAGAAGAAUUAGAAUUAGGAGCAAAACUUUAUCAGGAACAAUAUAAAAGUGUGGAUUUGAUUGAAAAACUCGAUGAUGUUUUUGUAAAUCCAGAUGAGAAUUGUAAAAUUUUAUUGGUUAACUCACAAAGCUUUAUUGCAAUACCUCCGGUGCAAAAUUAUGUUCUUUGUGAUGUUAAUGUCUCGUUAACAACUGAUUUAUCUCAACAAAGGGUUAAAUUAAGGUUUAGCUCGCAUGAUUCUUAUCAAUGUCGAAGAUAUUUAGAUGGUGCAAGUAAUAUUGAAUUCACUAUUGGUAGUGUAAUCAAUUAUAAGGUGCUCGAUUGGUGGCAUCCUGAAUAUCCAAGAACUAACACUUUGGAAAUAUUUUUAAAUGGAGAUUAAUUUAUUUUUGGUGAGAUUUAUUAUUUAAGUUUUU